AUGUCACCGCCCCGCCGUCGUUCGGCCCGGUUGGCCAGCGCCAACACGCCAAAGCCCAAGGCCAAGUCUGCCCUAGCCGCCGUCGCCGAACGCGAUGAUACUCCUCCCUCCAAAGAGGUCGCUGAGAGUCUGAAUGCCCUCGUCGUCCCGACCCACGAUCCUGCCACGCCUUCCUCAUCCUCGAAACUUAAGGCGCCAUUGUCUGAAAUGCACCCGAGCAAAGUCCACCCCACCGUCGCACCUCCCUCGGCUACCUGGCUCGGCUUCAGAGACAUGAAGCCCUCUGACGCCGACCCUCAGGCGACGCCGUCCAAGACCACUGGUGUGCCUGAGUCGCCCUUCACCUUUCGCGUCGCGCAGCCUACCAGCGACACCGGCUUGAGCAAUGAUGCUCAGCGGAUGAUGAACGACCUACGCGAGGAGGCCGCCCGGAUCAAGGCGGAGCUGGUCGCCAAACGUGAAUUGGAGAGAGAGGAUGAAGAAAUCAACGGACGCAGGAUUGCCAAGGCCAGGGGCAAGUCGGGUCGCUUCAGCGCCGCCCACAUGGCCGAUUUCAAGAAGAUGGACUCUAUCGAAGGUCACCCCUCAUCUUUCCGAGCCCAGCCCGGCCGAGUCACUCCUCUCAAGAGCUCGCUGAAGCGCACUCAGUCCAAGGCCAAUCUCGACGACACGCCUACUCAGCCCAAGUCCAGCUUGAAGCGGUCCCCCUCGAAGGUCAACUUGGACGACACUCCCACUCAUCCCAAGUCAAGCCUCAAGCGAUCCCCUUCCAAGGCGAACCUUGAAGACACUCCUACCCACCCGAAGUCUAUCCUCAAGCAGCCUUCCAAGCUGAACCUGGGCGUACCCGGUACGCCUAGUCAGCAGAAGUCGAGCCUCAAGCGGUCCCCGUCCAAGGCCAAUCUGGACGACACGGACUCUAGUGAUUCCAGGAAGGCUUCGUUUGGUUCUCGGCCCAAGGCUCGUCUCUUUGCCCUCAUCGAGCCGCCCUCUUCCGUCAAACGCGUGCGACAGCGCUUUGAGGACGACGCUUCUACAGCUCGACCUGUUUCCCGCGAUGGCAGCUCUCUACCGCGCCCUAAGUCUAGCGGAACUGACGCACCUUCUGGUCUUCGACCUCAGCCCAGCUUGGCGUCGCUGACGAGCCCUACCGCUUCCUCGCUGGCUCGCGCCGCCGGCAGCAGAAUGCCUCUUCCUGGUACGCUGACCAAGUCAGCUAGUAAGCCCGACCUGGGUAGUCUUAGAAAGUCGCCCUCGAAGCCGGAACUUGGAGGCCUCAAAAAAUCGCCUUCCAAACCUGACCUGGGUGGUCUCACAAAGUCUGCUACAACCAACAACCUCACUGCGUUCGAGAAGACGGCCGAGCUGAAACGCCGGAUUGUGAGCCCAGGCCGGUUUGAACGAGUCAAGUCGAUUCUGCGCGGCGGCACGGGGGCUCUGGACAAGACGAAGAGCGCCAUUCCCAAGCCCGCCUCUGGCGUCUCCCAAACUCCUGCUCCGCAAGUGGCGGAAAAGCCUCUGCACGCGGUUCCAUUCACCACGCCGCGAAGGAAGCUGUUUAAGAGGGUUGACUUCACUCCGGACACUGAUCGGACCGCCGACGCCGCCGUUCCCAACACGGUCGCGCACCGAGCUUUUGCCAGCAUGACUCCCAUCCGCAAGCAGGCAGAGGUCCAGUAUCCAAGCCUUGACGCCAUGCUCGGCAACGUCACCCAACGAAAGCAGGACGACGGUCUCUAUCCCGACCUGAACGUCGACAGCCCGUCUGAGAAGGCGAGCGAGAAGGCCACCGAUAAGGUGACCGAGAGCACUAGCGAUCUGCCUCCGACUGUUCCUGGAACGUUCACUUUCCGUAGUGACCACACCAUUCGCUUUGGUAGCGCCUCGCCUACUGGCUUUGGAUCGUCUGCUGGACAAGCUAGCGUCCGUCAUGUCAGGUCUUCGCUGGACAUGCCGGGUAGCUUCCCGACCGGGACCGAGUUCGUUGCCAACAAGGAGAAUAGGUCCCCCAUGCGGCUGCUCGCUGGCAAGCCCCACGGCAUGCCGAACAAGAAGCGUGCUCGAGCUCGUGAGGAGGAGGGAGAUCUUGAGGAGAACCCGGCCGAGAGAGCCGGUAAGAGACGCAAGGCUGAGCAUGUUCCCGAGGGAGAUGCUCUACUUGCCCCCAGACUGAUGGGAACGACCCCCCGCACUGUAGGCAAGAAGGCUCAGGGUUUCCGGGCCGCCCAGUCGCCAAGCCCAAUGAAGCGCGGCGGCAUGAGUCUGAGCCGACUCAACAUGCUUGCGAAGCCGAAGCUGCGACGCUGA